AUGAGUAAAAAUGAGAGUUAUUCGCGUUUCGAUAUACUAUCACUUAAUUUUAAUGCGGUUAAAAAUUACCUUCGCUUUGAAAACCGCACAAAUUUAGUUGUAACAAUCGAUGGUGUUGACAUACCAACAUGUGAUCCUUCGAUUCUUCCGUGGUGUAUGAUUUUUUCGUCGCCAUAUAAACCUCCACUCUUACCAAACAAGAUUGGAAAAUCGCUUUUUAAGCAACAUCGAAAUGGAUUUCACCUGAACGAUCCACAUAUGAAGCAAACACGAUUUUUCGUAGAUUAUCAUCGAUUGCACGAUCCAGCGCUGGAGAGGUAUUUCAAUUCAGCGCCAGUAAGAAAACGAUUGGAAAAACUUGGCUUGGUUACGCAAGAAAACGAUGCAUUAUGUUCAACAAAAGAAUUCGUUGAAUACAUUCAUUACCUAGAACGUUUACGUGCAAUGGAGAUAUCCAAGAAAAUUGCUAAUUUACAAUCAAAGCACAAUAAACGAGCUGAAAAAAUUAAAGAAGAAAAACGAGAGAAAUAUAAGCAGAACAAUCGAAGCAAAGAAGAAAAAUUUAAUAUCAACAAGCAAGGGAUACUCGAAAAAGAACGCGGGAAAAAUAUCGAAGCAAAACAAAAAUGGGAAACGAAACUAAAACAAGCGGAAGAGCGAAGGAAACAGUUACAAGAUGAAAACAUUAUUAAUAAGUACAUUGGAAAAAUUGAAAAGUUUAAAAAACAUUGGAUUCUCAGGGAUGAGGCUCAAAAGAAGAGCAUUGCUCUUUAUCAAGCGUACCAAGAAGAACAGCGGAAAAACAUACUCAAACACAAACAGCAAGUUGAAAAAAUCCGAGAGAGAUAUAUGCAAUGAGCAAAAAUUUAUGAGACUUCGCAGAAGAUGUUCGAAAGGAACCAAACAAAGAGAUAAAUUAAACAAAAGUUGACAAAGAAAGUGCAUAGCUAUUGCUUUUAAGACAUGAGAAAAAAGUUAAAAAUUAUAGAAAAUCAUGAAAAAUUGUUUGUAUCUUAUACAAGCACCAAUAUUUUCUUCGGCAAAUCCCUUAUUCAAUCCGUCGCCAAAGUGAAUGCCGAUUCCAAAUGGUGUAACAGUCGAUUCGACACGACAAGGCGAAACAUUUCCUGGACACAACGAAUUACCACAAUGAACAGGCGAACACGUUGGCAGCGAACCUGAGCCAACCGAUAUAAAAUCUUCAACGAUACACGGUAACGUGAUGCGAUCGUUACAUGUUGAAUAAAAUUGUCGGGCUUUUCGUUCGUUAUGAAUUGGAGCCGGUUGGACUGAUCGAAUUGAACGUCUGAAUAAAGCGGCUCUAGUUAUAAAUGAUCCAAUUGAAAAUAGCGAUGUUAAGUCAUCUCGAUCAUCAGGGUUAUUAUCAUCACCGUCAUCACCCGAUCCUUCAACAUCGUCUUGUGGAAUUGGCGUUGUUGAUGUGGUUGUUGUUGUUGUUGCGUUUGUCAUUGACUCCGUUGAAUUUCCAACGUCUGGACUGGUACCAUUGAGCGAAUUUAACAUUGAUGGAUCUUGUG